UGAACUGGACCAGAAUCCAGCACUGCUUCAGCUCCCCUGAGCCUUCCCUUCCUGUGCUCUGCUCUCCCUGGACUCACUCUCCCACCUCCCCUUUCUUUGCCUCACUGGCCCUUCUCCAUGGCUCCCAAGAAGCCUGAUCCAAAGAAAGAGGAGGCAAAGGCUGCCCCUAAGGCAGCUCCAGCUCCAGCUCCAGCUCCAGCAUCCCAGCCUGAGCCCCCCAAGGAAGUCGAGUUUGAUGCCUCCAAGAUCAAAAUUGAGUUCACUCCAGAGCAGAUAGAAGAGUUCAAGGAAGCCUUUUCCCUAUUUGAUCGGACCCCCAAGUCAGAGAUGAAAAUCACAUAUGGGCAGUGCGGGGAUGUGAUGAGAGCUCUGGGUCAGAACCCAACCCAGGCUGAGGUUCUUCGAGUGUUGGGGAGGCCCAAACAGGAAGAACUCAAUUCUAAAAUGAUGGAUUUUGAAACCUUCUUGCCAAUGUUGCAGCAUAUUGCCAAGUGCAAGGACACUGGCACAUAUGAAGAUUUUGUAGAGGGGCUGAGGGUCUUUGACAAGGAAGGCAAUGGGACUGUCAUGGGGGCUGAGCUGCGCCAUGUGCUGGCCACCCUCGGUGAGAGACUGACUGAAGAUGAGGUGGAGAAACUGAUGGCUGGACAGGAAGAUGCCAAUGGAUGCAUCAACUAUGAAGCAUUUGUGAAGCAUAUCAUGGCUAGCUGAGAUUUCAGUUCUUCAGGUGAGAUUCUCC